AUAUUCUUUUUGGUUAUAUAAUACUAAGUUCUGACCAAAAGUUGAUCUUGUAAUUAACAUACUUAUCGUAAUUAUCUCGCCAAUCCCCUUGAGAUAGCAAGAUUUCGCCAUACAAAAAUAUGACUUGAAAAUCUCGUCACCAAGUGGAUCAGGAUUUAAUCCUCAUGAAAUCUCGCUGUGCAACCCUGAUUUAGCGCCCUCUGUUUGUGAAAACAAAUUCACCACAGCUGAUGUUGACAAUUAUUAACUGUCAAAUUGUAGUCAAGAAUUAAUAAAAUAAAAUAAACGAAAGUUACUGGCGAACGGAUGGACUCCAAACCAAAAAAAAAAAGGGUACUUUGGAAUGAGGCGGCGGAGGCUGCUCUGAUUGAGUUGUGGCGCGAGAAGAUGCCAGAGCUGCGGUCAGCUCGAAAGAAUGGCCAUAUCUAUGAGGAGAUGGCCAGCGAUCUGGGAAACAUUGGCUUCGUAUAUACUGGAGCGGAAGUGAGAGUUAAGUUGCACAACUUCUCCAACAAAUACAGGCAAGAAAGGGCAAAAGUUGGUCCGUCGGGAGGCUCUCCAUCUACGUGGAAACUGUAUAAUGCCGUCCAUGAAGCCCUUGGAUGCCAAAAGAGCUACUGCGCUGACGAGUUGACGGAGGAUAGUAUUAUGGUUGAUUUUGACUGCAACGAAGCCGAGUUUUACGAGUGUAUCGAAAUCGAGACGGAUGGAGAGUCAACAACAUGCCCACCGCUUCCCAGUCCUAGCUCAUCAAAUGUAGACUCCUCCAAUAGGCCUUCCUCGAGCGAGCCUGCAAAAAACAAGAAGAAGACGGCAGUGUCAGUGAUGGAGGAUAUGCGCACCGACUUCUUAAUGGCAACUCAAGAAAUGAAGCAAGCAGAUGACAAAUGGCUUGCCAUUUUGCAACAGUAUGCGGAUAAUGUGAGCGAAAUGAAAGACGCGUUCGUAGAAUUUCUUCGUCGUCAAAAUAAUAAUUAAAUAUAUUAACUUUGCAGAACUUAAAAAUUAUCCGACGUGUAACAUUUUUACAUACAGCCAGAGUUAAAAGAUGGUAUGUAUUUUGUUGUAAUAUAAUACUUAUUAGCAAUUAUUCUAGUGAAAAAUUUUUUUCCUUAAUUUUGUAUGAAAAUAUAUCGACUGCUGAGUGGAAGAUCGCCCUAU